AUCAAUUAGCAGACUCUCACACACAUAAAAACUGCAAAAUCAGUUAUCAAUUAUUGAGAACAAAUAAAAAAUCUGACACCAUCCCGCCUAUCUUUCCUCAGCAGUUAAAUUUUGAAUUACAAUCCCUAUAAACAUAACACCACCAACAAUUUGUUCAUAAAUUCUCAAACAAAAAUUUCUCUUCUCCCUCUGUAUUUCCUUCUACACAUGAAUGCAUACCCAUUUUAUCUGCUUCAUGAAUAAGAAAUUAGCCAUACAUUCUGCCCUAGACAUGGACAGAAUAUCUUCCAUAAGUCCAGAAAAGGAAGAAUGCAAAUUUAAUGCUAGAAUCUUACGCUUAUGGACACUCCCAUCAUACAACAAUCCUGAAAUCACUUCAACCAUGGAAUUGGUGUUAAUGGAUGCCGAAACCAAUAAGAUCCAUGCAUCAAUACCAAACAAACUGUUAGAUGAAUUCAUUGGGAAAUUGCGGGAAGGCCUGGUAUACAGUUUCAGAUUCUUUGAUGUCGGAAACAACGUUGGAAAAUACAGAACAACUCGCCAUCAAUAUCGUCUAAAUUUUCAGACUGAAACUGAGGUUGACCUUAUACCAGACAAAGAAAUACCCUUCUACGGUUUUUCAUUCGUCAACUCAAACGAAUUUACCAAGCCAAACUUUAACUACAACAAUCUAAUUGAUAUCAUUGGAAUAAUUGUUGGCUGUUAUCCUGUUAUUGAAUUCGAAAAAAAUGGAGACAAAUGCAAAAGGAUGGUAAUUGAUCUUCUUAUUGACGGGUAAGUUCUAUCUUAGUUUUCCGAUUAGUGCUUUUAUUAUACAAAAUGUUCAAUAUACAAAUCAUAACUCUGAUUAACACAUGGUACAGGAAAAAGUUUGAUUUUACUCUAUUUGGUCACUAUGUCGAUGAAUUCAAUUCAUACUUUGAUAAUGAUGCAUCUAAAAACAAUGUUCUGGUGGUACAAUAUGCAAGGGUUAAAACUUUUAGAGGUAUUAAAAAAUCUCAUACUUAACAUCUAUUUACAUCUACGCCUAAAUUUUGUUUCAUAAUCAUGUUUAUUCAACAUGUUUGCUUCGGAAAAACUCAAUUGCAAAACUCCAUGUACUCCACAAAACUGUUCUUCAAUCCAGAAAUUCCAGAAGUGAAUGAGUUAAGAAAUUGCAAAAAUGAAAAUCAGGUCAAAACUCACAGCCUAUCCCAGAAAUCUAACUAUGCACAGACAUCUGCUGAGGAAGAUUUUCUUCAUAAAAACAAAAGAAUGUUAAUUGAGCAACUUCAGGAUUGUGAACAUGAAAAGUAUGUAGUGAUUAAGGCCACCAUUAAACACAUUGAAGACUCUGAUGAUUGGUGGUAUCCUGCGUGCAAAUGCAAUCGGUCACUUAUUCAACGGAGCAAGUUGUACUAUUGUGAAAGUUGCAAACACCACCUUUUGACAGCAAUCCCAAGAUACCGAAUAAAGAUCCGGGCUACUGAUGAAAGUGACUUUGUAUCCUUGGUUAUAUUUGAUGAAGAGGGAUCUCUGAUAUUAAACAGAACAUGUUCUGAGUUCAUUGACAUACUUGAUAAGAACAAUACCUUGCACAUUCCUCCGGCACAACUGCUUGAAUUGGUGGAUAAGACAUUCUUAUUCAAGGUUGAGAUAAAAAAAGAAAAAAACUCUAAGUAUGAAGCAUGCUAUCGUGUUAACAGACUUACAGAUGAUGCUUCAAUUAUCAAAAAGUUCACUGAACUCUUGAGUCCAAAAAAUUUGGAGGUUGACGAAUCAUUCCCAGAAGUCAUCAAAACAAAUCCACAAAAAACUGAAAUUGCAAAAAUGAACUCAAAGGAUUUGAUGACUGAUUUUACUGCUUCAAUUGAUGACGAGCUUAAGUCUGAAGAAGUUAAACAAAAGAGAAAAUAUCACAGCCCAAGUGUAACUAAGAAAGCUCCUUUCAAGAAGACUUAUACCCGCAAAAAGGGUACUGCUGAUGGAGAAGCAUCUGAUGUUCCUAACAACAAAAUCAUCCAGAAAAUCAAAAAAGAGAAGAUCUAAUGUCAUUUCUAAAUAUCUGGAACAUGAUAAAAUAACCAUUUAUUUGUGCUU